CAUUAGUUGCUGCAAGCUAGCACGCGCAGAAUUUCACCUGAGCAUGCUGGCAGGUAACACCACAGACAACGUGAUGCCUUGCCUGACUCGACCUUGCGCGACGAUCGAUGCGCUUCCGAGCUAGACUUGUCCGUCUGCCGAUCCGUCGAGCAAUCGACCCGUCGUUCCUCCUCGCGCUCUCGCAUACCUCUCCUGCGGCUAUUCUGAGCAUGUCCAUCGUUCGACCUUCCAUUCAUCCCUCCAUUCCCAGCAUGUCGCUCUGUACACCUUCAACCCGACCGAUACAAUCACUUCCGCCACUACGUUCCGAACUCCCUGUACUGUCACCUUCGAUUAGAGAUGCCCUUGGCGAGCGUAGCACCGUUUUAGGAACCGCGGCACCGGCAAGGUUUCGAACCAGAGCUCGCGACGAUGCUUGGCGAAGUAUGGCGAGCGGGGUUACCAGCAACAGCAUUUCCUCCUUUCGCUCUCCAGGCGUCUUUUCUCCUCUUACGACUCUCUUGGACCGCUGCCAGUUCUCGUCACAUCCAGCCGUUCAUCCUCAGAAUCGGGCGGUAUCCAAGCUAAGGCCACGUGCAAGUGCCACGUGGCGUGAUUCUACUGAUAGCCAGGCUGCUGCCGUUCGUAGCGCGCACUCUUCGGCGGAGGAACUUUCUGACGAAGCUUCCUCUGGGGACCCUAGACCCCUCUCCCCCUCCUCCGCACAAACCCUAUCCCCUCCAACCCUAACACUUUCUGCACAGUCGUCCCACGACGACCGCUCACAGCAACCUCAGGAGGAAUCUCAGCCGUUGGAUCUGAACGAUCCAAGGGUCCUGGCGUGCUGCGAGCCACUAAGUGCCAGUGGGAAUUCUCAGCAGCAGCAGCAGCAGCGGCCGCUGCGGGUGGCGGUGCUGCUAAGCGGCGGUGUGGAUAGCAGCGUGGCGCUUAGGCUGCUGCACGCGGCGGGGCAUGAGUGCGAGGCGUUCUACUUAAAAAUCUGGUUUCAGGAGGACUUUGAAAACUUCUGGUCGCAAUGCCCCUGGGAGGAUGACCUGGCCAUGGCUCAGGCUGUCUGUGACGAGAUCAGCGUACCUCUGCGCAUAGUGCAUCUCACCGACGCCUACUGGCAGCGCGUGGUGUCGCACUGUGUGGCUGAGAUUCGCAACGGCCGCACGCCCAACCCCGACAUGCUCUGCAACUCGCGCAUCAAGUUUGGUGCCUUCUACGACCACAUUGACUUUGCUCACUUUGACCGCGUGGCAUCUGGCCAUUACGCCCGGGUUGUCCGCUCACCACCACCACUUCACACCUCUGACCAACCCGGCCAGGCAGCUCCCGUGCGACUGGUUUUGUCAGCAGACGAGGUGAAGGAUCAGACCUACUUCCUCUCGCACCUAUCCCAGCAGCAGCUGUCGCGAGUCAUGUUCCCCCUGGGGGCCCUCGCCAAGUCCCAGGUGCGGCAGCUGGCAGCCUCAUUCAACCUGCCCAACCAGAACAGGAAGGACUCCCAGGGGAUCUGCUUUCUGGGGAAGGUCAAGUUCUCAGAGUUUGUGGCACGCCACGUGGGCGAGCAGGAGGGGCUGCUGGUGGAGGUCAAGUUCCCUGAGUUUGUCGCACGCCACGUGGGCGAGCAGGAGGGGCUGCUGGUGGAGGCAGAGAGUGGCGAGGCCCUGGGCACCCAUAGAGGCUUCUGGUUCUUCACCAUCGGGCAGCGCCAGGGCAUCAAGCUGUCUGGCGGGCCGUGGUAUGUUGUAGCGAAGGACACAGCCACCAACACCGUGUUUGUCUCCCGCAACUACCACUCGCCGAACAAGUCUCGCCGGCAGUUCUGGGUGGGCGGGUUCAGCUGGACCGUUGGUGGGGAGUGCGAUCCGCCCUUGAGUGAACGGCCCAACCUGACAUGCAAGGUCCGCCACGGGCCCCAUUUCUACUCCUGCUCCGUGCAGUUUGGUGAUCCGCCAGCGUCCAUGCGUCCAGAUGCAAUGAACCUUCUGCCAGCAGGCACUGACCGUCCGCCUCAGGAAGUCGAUGGGGCAGGAAAUUACUCGAAGCUCGAUGCAGCACAACCAGCACGAAGCCCAGCAGUGCACGCAGGAAACUACUCGGAACCGGCAGCCGCCGAAGCAGCAGCAGCAGCAGCAGGAGGGUCAGCAUUGGCAACGGCAGCAGUAGCUGGAUCAGCAGGACAGCCAGCAGCAGCAGCGGGAUCAGUGGCAGGGCCAGCAGGAGGGGAGCCAGCUGUGCUGGUGACUCUGUCCCGGGACGACCAGGGCCUGGCUGCCGGCCAGUUUGCCGCCUUCUAUGAUGGCGAUGUGUGCCUUGGGUUGGGUGUAAUCGUUGGCGUGCCGGCCGGUGACACCAGUGAGGACGGCAGGAACAGUGGCAGCGGCAGUACCAGUGGUGGCAGUAGCAGUGACGGCUGUAGCAGCAGCAACAGUGAGAGGGAACAAAUGCAGGAGAAGGAGGGGGGGCCGGUGUCAGCAGCAGCGUGGGAGACAGCAAGGAGAGGGCUGGCCGGGGUGAAGGUUGCCAGAUUGAAACCACCUAAGACUGUGGAGAAGGGGAGUGGGAAACUGGCGGAGGGGAGGGGGGAUGAGUGGAGUGAGGUGGUGAAUGGUGAGAAAAGGAAGAGGCGGAGAGAGCGAGCCAGUCGAGGAAGGCCUGAGCUGCAAGGGAAACAAGGCUCUCAAGAGCAGCCGAGUGGUGGUGAUUGCCAACCAGCGGAAAUGGUUAUACCGUAGAACGAGAUACUUGGAUUGGUGCAUAGUUGUCGUGUUAGCACUACAUUACAUAUACUAGAUUUUGUAACUUGCAAGCAACGAGCUUAUGAGAAUCCGGCUGCUGAUUGUCAGCGAUGUCGCCUACUGUAUUCGG